CGGCACGUACACGAAGGAUUACCCACUGGCUUACCAAUCUCCGAACUUCGUCCGUCACGGUGAACAUCUAGAGCAGGCCUGGUGGAAUAUUGAAAACGAGAUCGCAGUCCUAUGGUUAUGCUCCAGCUUGGAGCACAUCGUGGACCUGCGCGCAGUGUAUCAGGCGAACCCGGCUGUCCUUCCGGCACUCAACCUGAGAUAUGUGCCCGGCAUUAGCCUGCAGGAGAUGCUCUGCUGUCAGCCGAAUAUUUCGGAGCAGCACGUGAAAAUGGUAGUUCGCGAUUUGCUUCGCGCUCUCAGAAGUCUGCACAGUUUGGGCAUAGCCCACCUGGACCUGAGGCCGCCCAAAGUGCUGCUGUUGGGCGGCCGUUUCGGAGAGGGUGUGAAGCUGUGCGGCUUUCGCUUCGCGCGAAUGCUGUACGAAGAAGUCUUUGCAGUGCGCGACGUAACCAUCGACGUUGACUUCAUGGCACCGGAGGUGUUACAAGGAAUGGCGGUAUCAUAUGCGACGGACAUUUGGUCCGUCGGCGUGAUAGCGUACGUUAUGCUGAUGCGGCGCCUACCAUUCUCUCCAACAAACGACACGUUGGCCAACACCUCGGAAAAUCCCGUCACACGGGCGAUGGCGUUCGCCGACAGUCUGCGUCAGCGCAUGUCACCGCAGGCGCUCGACUUCAUCCGUCGAUGCACCAUCCUGUGGGUCCCAAGCGAUCGCCUGACGGUCGAACAGUGCCUGGCGCACCCUUGGCUGGCCGACGCCCCGGACCCCUUGUGGAUGCUGCGUACGCUGGCGGACGUCUGCGCUACCGCAUCACCAGCCAGUGCCAACCAACCCAGAUCAAGUCCAGAACAGGAGCGCCGCCCAGUAGCCGCACUAGAUUUGCGCAUGAGAGCGGCUACAGGAGAGCGCGACCGCGUUCGG